AUGAAGUUUUUCAUGGGUGGGCUUGGUGCUUUGACACUCGGUGGAGCCGUGUUCGGGUUUACGCUGGUGAAGGAGGUUGCGGUUUUGGAAGCACAUCUCAAUGAAAUGCGACGCAAUAUUGCCCUUAUCAAGGGCAAGUUGCUUGAGAUUCCGGUUUCUGCAGAGGCCUUGGAGGCUCUAGAAUCUAAAGGAAAGGAAACAAAGAAAUAG